AUGGAUUUUACUUUCUGGGUUAGGAUUCUCUUGUUGAGCAAUUUUCUCGCGACGUUAUGCCUUGCCACGGAGGUGUCAUAUGAUGCACGUUCUCUAAUUAUUAAUGGAGAGAGGCGCAUUAUUUUUUCCGGUGCAGUUCAUUAUCCACGAAGCACGGCGGAGAUGUGGCCUGACAUCAUUCAAAAGGCCAAGGAUGGAGGUCUUGAUGCCAUUGAAAGUUAUGUAUUCUGGGACCGUCAUGAACCUGUUCGACGUGAAUAUGAUUUUUCAGGAAAUUUGGAUUUCAUCAAAUUUUUCCAAUUAGUCCAAGAAGCUGGUUUGUAUGCCAUUAUAAGGAUUGGUCCUUAUGUUUGUGCGGAAUGGAACUAUGGUGGCUUCCCUCUCUGGCUACACAAUAUGCCAGGGAUUGAAUUGAGAACCAAUAACGCAAUUUACAAAAAUGAAAUGCAAGUUUUCACAACAAAGAUUGUGAACAUGCUCAAAGAAGCAAAGCUGUUUGCAUCACAAGGAGGACCGAUUAUUCUUGCUCAAAUUGAAAAUGAAUAUGGAAACAUCAUGUCAGGUUAUGGAGAUGCUGGGAAGACAUACAUUAAUUGGUGUGCUCAGAUGGCUUUGGCACAAAAUAUUGGUGUUCCAUGGAUCAUGUGUCAGCAAGGUGAUGCUCCCCAACCUAUGAUCAAUACUUGUAACGGAUACUAUUGUGAUCAAUUUGAACCCAAUAACCCGAAAAGUCCCAAAUUUUUCACUGAGAACUGGAUUGGAUGGUUCCAAAAAUGGGGUGAAAGGGUCCCCCACAGAAGUGCUGAAGAUUCAGCUUUCUCAGUUGCACGGUUUUUCCAAAAUGGUGGAGUACUCAAUAACUACUACAUGUACCAUGGAGGAACCAACUUUGGUCGCACAGCAGGAGGUCCAUACAUCACAACAUCUUACGAGUAUGAUGCCCCUAUUGAUGAGUAUGGCAAUUUGAAUCAACCCAAGUGGGGACAUCUUAAGGAUCUUCAUGCAGCGAUAAAAUUAGGAGAAAAGAUCCUCACCAACGGAACAAGAACUGACAAGGAUUUUGGCAAUCAAGUCACACUGACAACAUAUAAGAAUGCAAGUGGGGCAAGAUUUUGUUUUUUGAGCAAUGCAAACGAGAACCAAGAUGCAAAUGUUGACUUACAACAAGAUGGUAAAUACUCUGUCCCUGCUUGGUCUGUUUCCAUUCUUGAUGGUUGCAACAAAGAAGUUUUCAACACCGCAACGGUUAAUAGUCAAACCUCAAUAAUGGUGAAAAAGAGUGAUGAUGCUUCUCCUAAGCUCACAUGGGCAUGGCUCCAAGAGAAAAAGAAAGACACCAUGCAUGGAAAGGGUACUCUUCAAGCAAACCUGCUUCUUGAGCAGAAGGAAACAACUAUGGAUGUGAGUGACUACUUGUGGUACAUGACUAGUGUCAAUAUCAGUGACACUUCCAUUUGGAGCAAUGCAACUCUUCACGUGGACACUAUGGGCCAUACCCUUCAUGCUUAUGUUAAUGGAAGGCGUGUAGGAUACCAAUUUAGCCAAUGGGGAGGCAAAUUAACAUACGAGAAACAAGUUCCUAUAAAGGAGGGAUCAAACAUCAUAACUUUGCUUAGUGCCACCGUUGGGCUUCCAAAUUAUGGAGCAGGGUUUGACAAGAUAAAAACCGGUAUAGCAGGUGGUCCUGUUCAAUUAAUUGGAAAGAACAAUGUGACUAUGGAUUUGACAACUAACCUUUGGUCUUACAAAGUUGGUUUGAACGGUGAAACAAGGCGUUUAUAUGAUCCACAACCACGCCCUGGUGUAUUGUGGCGCACUAGUUCAUCUCCUAUUGGGAAGCCCAUGACUUGGUAUAAGGCAGAGUUCAAAGCUCCUUUGGGAACAAACCCUGUGGUUGUGGACUUGCAAGGCAUGGGAAAAGGUCAAGCUUGGGUGAAUGGGCAAAGCAUUGGUCGAUAUUGGUCUUCUUGGACUUCACCUACCAAUGGAUGUAGUGACACUUGUGACUACCGUGGAAAAUACGAACCAGCCAAGUGCAACACUAAUUGUGGCAACCCAUCACAAAGGUGGUACCAUGUUCCAAGGUCCUUCCUCAACAAUGACAAAAACACGUUGGUUUUAUUUGAAGAAAUAGGUGGAAAUCCUCAAAAUGUUUCCUUCCAAACAGUGACGACAGGAACCAUUUGUGCUAAUGUUGUUGAAGGGGCAGAAUUAGAACUAUCAUGCCAAGGUGACCAAGUAAUCUCUCAAAUCGUAUUUGCUAACUUUGGAAACCCACAAGGCAAGUGCGGUUCUUUCCAGAAAGGGUCUUGGGAAGCUACUGAUAGCCAAUCCGUGGUUGAAGCUGCAUGCAUAGGAAAAAAUAGUUGUGGAUUUACAGUAACAAAAGAAGCAUUUGGUGUACCUGCUGGUGACGAGGUGGGUAGACUAGCUGUGCAAGCAACUUGUUGA